GUUGCGCUCAGCUUCGACGCUACAUUCUGGAGGCAGUACAGAACGAAGUCCCCAUUCCGAGUAAUCUCUCAUAAAUACAGAGAAGAAGAGAAGCUGUAUGCCUAUAAUAUAAUAGGCUGCGCCGGCGAUUAAUUAGGUUACAUGGACUCAAGAGAAAGCGAAUUAUUUUUUGGCGUAUGAAUAUAAUUGCAUAGCCUGUUAAACGGCUUGGAAACUCAGUCGGCUCUUCACUACAAAUCUGACCUAGGCUACCUGUGUAGAGGGGUUUGAUUUUACUCAUAUUCUGGAAUUGGUAUCAUCAAUAGUUUUCUCGUGUGCUUUUCUGUCGGGUUUAUAUUGUUUGUAGCAAACGGCUGCCGAGUGCGACUGGAAUACGCGUCUGCACCGGGGAUUGAAUUGAUACAUCAUAACCGACCGGAAUUCAGAUUGUGAAUAAACAAGACAUUGUCCAGGGUAACGUAACCUCACUCUACAACCCAAUACAUCUGGGCAAACUGAACGUGUAUUUCGGUAGCAGAGAGCGAUACUAAACCUGCAUAAUGCCUCUUGCACAUCUUGCGGAGCCCUGGCCCCAAAUGGAACUAAUUACACUGGACUCAGAGAAUGGGCAAAGCGUCACGGAGGAUGGGGUCCCACCUGCUGGUCACAAGGACAAUGAUGUCAUCAAGGAGAUCAACAUCACCAACGUGGUCAAGGAGGGCUCAGAGAAAGCCGAUGCCCGCCAGUUUGAGCUGCUUAAAGUGCUGGGCCAGGGCUCCUUUGGCAAGGUGUUCUUGGUGCGGAAGGUGACGCCUCCCGACGACAACGAGCUGUAUGCAAUGAAGGUCCUGAGAAAAGCCACCCUCAAAGUGAGAGACCGGGUGAGGACCAAGAUGGAGAGAGACAUCCUGGCAGAUGUCAACCACCCCUUCGUGGUCAAACUCCACUACGCAUUUCAGACUGAGGGAAAGCUCUACCUGAUCCUGGACUUUCUGAGAGGAGGAGAUCUCUUCACCAGACUGUCUAAAGAGGUGAUGUUCACAGAGGAGGAUGUAAAGUUCUACCUAGCGGAGUUGGCUCUGGGCCUGGACCACCUGCAUAGCCUGGGAAUCAUCUACAGAGACCUCAAACCUGAGAACAUUCUACUGGAUGAAGAGGGCCAUAUCAAACUCACAGAUUUUGGCUUGUGUAAAGAGGCUGUUGACCAAGAGAAGAAGGCCUACUCCUUCUGUGGUACGGUGGAAUACAUGGCGCCAGAGGUGGUGAACAGGCAGGGCCACAUACAGAGCGCCGACUGGUGGUCGUUUGGGGUACUGAUGUUUGAGAUGCUGACCGGAUCGCUGCCGUUCCAAGGGAAGGACCGCAAAGAGACCAUGAACCUCAUCCUCAAGGCCAGAUUGGGAAUGCCGCAAUUCCUGAGUACAGAGGCCCAGAGUCUCCUCCGAGCUCUGUUCAAGAGGAACCCCAUCAACAGAAUGGGGUCCGGGGCGGAUGGUGCAGAGGAGAUCAAACGCCACACGUUCUUCUCCACCAUCGACUGGAACAAACUGUUCCGGCGAGAGAUCCCACCCCCGUUCAAGCCGGCGGUGGCCCGACCAGACGACACCUUCUACUUCGACUCAGAGUUCACCUCCCGCACACCCAAAGACUCCCCAGGUGUUCCACCCAGUGCCGGAGCUCACCAGCUCUUCCGUGGCUUCAGCUUCGUCGCCCCGGCCAUGCUGGAUGAGGAGGGGGCCAAGGAGCCGGCCAAGCCCACACCACACCCAGUGGUCCAGCAACUCCACGGAAAGAACGUGUUGUUCAGCGAUGGCUACAUGUUGAAGGAGGACAUCGGCAUGGGCUCUUUCUCCGUUUGCAAGCGCUGCAUCCACAAAGCCACCAACACAGAGUACGCUGCCAAGGUGAUUGACAAGACCAUGACAGACCCCUCAGAGGAGAUUGAGAUCCUGUUGAGAUACGGCCAGCACCCCAACAUCAUCACCCUGAAGGACGUGUAUGACAAUGGGAAGCAGGUGUAUCUGGUGACAGAGCUGAUGAGAGGUGGGGAGCUGCUGGACCGGAUCCUCAAACAGAAGGUCUUCUCAGAGCGAGAAGCCAGCUCCGUGCUCCACACCAUCACCAAGACUGUAGAAUACCUCCACGCACAGGGGGUUGUUCACAGGGACCUAAAGCCCAGUAACAUCCUUUAUGUAGAUGAGUCGGGGAACCCUGAGUCUAUCCGGAUCUGUGACUUUGGUUUUGCCAAGCAGCUGAGAGCUGACAACGGCCUGCUCAUGACUCCAUGCUACACCGCUAACUUUGUAGCCCCGGAGGUGUUAAAGCGUCAGGGCUAUGACGAGGGCUGUGACAUAUGGAGUCUGGGAGUGUUGUUGUACACCAUGCUGGCUGGCUUCACGCCGUUUGCCAACGGGCCCGAGGACACUCCAGAUGAGAUCCUGAGCAGGAUAGGCAGCGGUCACUUCACCCUGACUGGAGGCAACUGGGAUGCCGUGUCGGAAGCAGCGAAGGACCUGGUGUCUAAGAUGCUUCACGUGGACCCCCACCAGCGGCUGACCGCAAUGCAGGUUCUCAAGCACCCCUGGAUCGUCCAGAGGGACAAGCUAUCCAACAGCCAGCUGCAGCACCAGGAUGCCAAGCUAGUCAAGGGGGCGAUGGCUGCCACCUACUCUGCCUUGAAGAGCUCCCAGCCCACCCCGGAGCUCAAGUCCAUCGAGUCGUCCUUCCUGGCCCAGCGACGUGUCAAGAAGCUCCCCUCCACCUCUCUGUAGAUCCACCAGAGAGAGACCAUGAACACCCCCAGACUCUAGCUAGAACGUCAGCCAGUACAGGAACAAGUCACGGGACUGAAGAGACCAGUAGAUCCCCUCUAUCUAACCAGCCAAGGACCACUGACCACUCUACUGCCGUCUCCUCCCCUGGCAGUGAUAUCAAUACUCUGCUGUAGUCCCUUCCCCUGCCAUCGAUAUCACUACUCUGCUGUAGUCCCUUCCUCUGCCAACGAUUUCACUACUCUGCUGUAGUCCCCUGCCCUGCUAACGAUUUCACUACUCUGCUGUAGUCCCCUGCCAGUGAUAUCACUACUCUGCUGUAGUCCCCUGCCCUGCCAGUGAUAUCACUACUCUGCUGUAGUCCCCUGCCCUGCCAGUGAUAUCGCUACUCUGCUGUAGUCCCCUGCCCUGCCAGUGAUAUCGCUACUCUGCUGUAGUCCCCUGCCAGUGAUAUCGCUACUCUGCUGUAGUCCCCUGCCAGUGAUAUCACUACUCUGCUGUAGUCCCCUGCCAGUGAUAUCACUACUCUGCUGUAGUCCCCUGCCCUGCCAGUGAUAUCACUACUCUGCUGUAGUCCCCUGCCCUGCCAGUGAUAUCACUACUCUGCUGUAGUCCCCUGCCCUGCCAGUGAUAUCACUACUCUGCUGUAGUCCCCUGCCAGUGAUAUCACUACUCUGCUGUAGUCCCCUGCCAGUGAUAUCACUACUCUGCUGUAGUCCCCUGCCAGUGAUAUCAGUAGUUUCUCUUUCCUCUUGGAUGGGCAUCUGGGCAUGGUCACUUGAUGUCAAUCAACCUGGACAAGCAACAAGACAUGGUUGGGGAUGAGGGUGCAGUGGGGUAGGGGCAGGUUAUGGCAAAUUUGUUAGCAGUAUAUUUUGGAUAAGAGGUGUGUGUGUGUGUGUGUGUGAGUUUGUGAGACAACCUGCUACCACAGAGGACGUUGAUGACCAUUGAGGAUGUUUCGGUUGUGUUUUUGUUUUGCGGUCGUUUUGAUUGGCUCUUCAUCUCCCCUCAGCAUCGCUGUGAUUGGCUGUCGCUAAACUCUCUGCAUGUCUGUCUGUUUGGUGUCGUUCUCUCUCCAAUUGAUCAGCUUGCCAAAUCGAUUUGUUUGUUUUUGCUGUUUUACCAUUGAAAGCUGGAAGGGACAAUGGCACAAAACGAGAUCACAGUCCAUCACUAUCAUUUUCCUACAUUUUGAAUGAACAUUAAAAGAAAAAAAAAAAAAUUUGCCAUAAAUGCCUCUCGUUUUUGAGACUAUACUGGAACUAGGAAUUCUGGGUAAUGUAGUCAAUGCUAAUGUUUUUUCUAGGCCGAAUGUCUCACUCUCCAUUGCAUGACUUGCAGUGCGUGUAGUCCAGGGAAGGGUGCAGAAAGUUGUUUGCAUGGUCUGGUGCAGUGUGGCAUCAUGUUGCUUUGUCCUUCUCUUAUCUGCACUUUUCUUGGUGACAUUGCCGAUUCUGAGAAGAAAAGAUUUGAGAUAUGGCCAAAUAUGUUUAUUGUAAAAAAUAAAAAAAAAAGAAGAGAAAUAAUAUCUGUAAUGCCACUAACAAGGUGGAAUGUUGAAAUCUUUUUUCCCCCCUUUAUUGUCAUUGUGUUUUCUUCUUGGAUAUGCGUAUUUUGAAUCAUCUUUCUUGUAUUUGCUUUUGUUGUUGAAAGGCAUGUUGAACACGCACACACACUGUUGGAGCGUCCAUGAUGGACACUGUUGGAGCGUCCAUGAUGGACACUGUUGGAGCGUCCAUGAUGGACACUGUUGGAGCGUCCAUGAUGGACACUGUUGGAGCGUCCAUGAUGGACUCUUUCCCACAGCCCUCUCUCUCUCUCUGUGUUUCAAUGUCAAGUAUGGUGAGAGUGAUUGUCAAAACGAUUGUGCUGAGCACUCAAAUGCACUCUCUCCCAUAAAGAUAUUCUCCGGUACUUUUGUAUACUUUUUAACCAGUAGUUCUGAAAAGUAGCGCCCACGAGCCAAACAUGGUCCCCGAAAAUUGCCUACCACGUCAGUGCUCUCUCUCUCUCUUGCUCUGCUGGGUGUGCUUCUUGCUAGUUGUCAGUCAAAUGGUGAGGGGCUGAAGCUCAUUGGCUGAAACUCAAAUUAAU